AUGGGUUCUCAAGAUAGUCGGUUACCCGUCAUCAUAGUGGGAGGCGGCAUAGUCGGUCUGACCCUAGCCCAGGCCCUGAAGAAAGAAGGCAUUCCCUUCGAAAUCUACGAGCGUGACGAGGGUUUGGAUUCGCGGUCGCCAGGAUGGGCCAUCACAAUCCAUUGGGCGUUAGACGCGCUCGAAAGUUGUCUCUCGCCGGAGCUUUUCAAGAGAAUCGACGAGAUCCAGGUUGAUCCCGAGCAGGGGCAAAAAGGUAACCUCCCCUCGCCUUUGCUAGACACCGGUCGGUUUCUCUUCUUGGACAUAGAGACAGCAGAACCCAAAUACAUCAUCCCGCCCAGCUUCCGCCGCCGAAUCGGCCGGCUGAAGUUCCGGAAGCUGCUCACAGAGGGCAUCGACAUCAACUGGGGCAAAUCAAUCACCGCCUUCGAGACGAGCGGGGAAGGGGUCGCCGUGUCGUUCGCGGACGGCGCGGACGGCACGGAAGUGCGCGGCGCGAUGCUCGUAGCCGCCGACGGCAGCAACAGCCGCACGCGGUCCCUGCUCAUGGGCGACACGGGCAAGAUCAACCAGCUGCCCGCGCGCUUCAUGGGCGUCACGGUCGUGCUCAGCGAGUCGAAGAUCGCGCCGCUGCGCGCCAUCGACCCCCUCUUAUUCCAGGGUUCCCAUCCCGAGACGGGGUAUUUCAUGUGGUUCUCCGUGCUAUCGAUACCAGCGGUGAACGGAAGCGACCAGAGCGACAAGCCGUACUACGAGGGCCAGAUCAACGUGAGCUGGAUCGUGAAGGGAGAGGGAGACGAGGUGCCCGAGGCGCACGCUGAGAGGUUGGCUAAGAUGAAAGCUAUGGCUAGGGCCGGCUCGGGCUUCCACCACGUCCUGCGAGACACCAUUGCUGGGAUCCCGGAAGGGACGGAGGUACUGGAGAUCAAGCUGGCGGACUGGCCGACUCUGAAGUGGGAGAGCGACAGCAAGGUGACAUUGCUAGGGGAUGCAGCACACGCCAUGACAAUGUAUCGCGGCGAGGCGGCGAACCAUGGCCUGACCGACGCAGCCAAGCUCAAGGAGCAGCUGAAACUCUGGCAUAGUGGCUCGAAGACGCAAGAGGAGGCGAUCGGGGGCUAUGAGACGGAAAUGCGCACGCGGACACAUACGGCCGUCCUCCUCAGUCGACAGGCGUGUCUGGACGCGCAUGACAUCAAGAACUUGACGCCGGAUAGCCCUUUGGUGGGCAAGAGAGCCAAGGUCAUAGAGGCAGCCUCGAAAGCGUGA